AUGGCGUCCAAGAGUGCAGCAAUCAAGCUUUAUACCAACCACAGAUGCCCAUGGGCUCAUCGUGCCCAUAUCACCCUCGCCGAACUUGGGGUCCCCUUCGAGGAGGAAAUCAUCGACCUCGAUACUCCACGCAGCCCAGAGUACCUCAAGGUGAACCCGCGUGGCCUUGUCCCCUCUCUGUCAUAUAACGGCGAAAUCAUCACCGAGUCCGCCGUCGUCGCUCAGUUUCUCGCUGAUGCAUAUCCAUCCCACCUCGUUCCGGCCUCAUCCGACCCCAAUGGCCCAUUGACUAGGGCCCGCAUCGCGUUCUUCGUCGAUGCAUGGUUCACAAAGGUCAAUGCCUUCUGGUUCAAAACACUGUUCGCCCAGACGGCCGAUGAGGCGGCCGAGAACGCCGAGGAGCUCGUCAAGGGCAUCGCUAAGGAGAUCGACCCGCUGCUUAAGGAUGCUGCGCCUUUCUUUGGAGGGAGCAAGAAGCUGACUUUGGCUGAGGUGCUCACCGGCCCAUUUGUUUUGCGACUCAAGGUCUAUGCCAAGCAUGCCCUCCUCCCCUCCAGUAUUGUGAAAGAUCUGCAGGAGAGAACGCCCAAUUUUUACAAGUGGUCCGAAGCAGUAACUGCUUCGCCAAGCGUGACGGGGAUUUUCAACGAGGAUGAGAAUGUGGCCAGGACGAAAGAGAGGCUUGCAAAGGCGAAGGCUUAA